GUGCAGGGACUUUUUCCACUUCUCUCGGUUUGGGGAUUUUAACGGAAAGCAUUUGUUCGAUCAGGAGGAAAAUCUGGUUAGCGGAGCAACACCAUGUCCGCCACGUUCCCCGGUUUGGUCCAUGAUGCCGAGAUACGUCAUGACGGGUCCAACAGUUACCGUCUGAUGCAACUCGGUUGCCUCGAGAGCGUCGCCAACUCUUCGGUGGCCUAUAGCUCGUCCUCGCCGCUCACAGCCUACCCCGCGGCGGCUACAGAGUUCGCCUCGCCCUACUUCUCCACCAACCACCAGUACACCCCCCUGCACCACCAGUCCUUCCACUAUGACUUCCAGCACUCCCACCCAGCCGUGGGCCCAGAAGCAUAUGGCCUCAACUCUCUCCACUCCGGGCAGUACUACCAGCAGAUCCACCAUGCAACACAUGGAGAUGCAGACUUCAUCAACCUGCACAGCGCCCGUGCACUUAAGUCCUCGUGCCUGGACGAGCAGCAGCGGCGCGAGCUGGGCUGCCUGGACGCCUACCGGCGCCAUGACCUGUCUUUGAUGACGUCACACGGUGGGCAGUACGGCAUGCACCACGACCAGAGGCUGCUGCCUGCAGCCGGUCUGGGGCUCCCUCCCCCCGGGGCGGAUGACCUGCAGGGCUCCGUGGAGGCGCAGUGUGGGCUUGUGCUCAAUGGCCAAGGCGGCAUCAUCCGGAGAGGAGGUACCUGUGUGGUGAACCCUACAGAUCUGUUCUGCUCUGUGCCGGGCCGUCUGUCCCUCCUGAGCUCAACCUCUAAAUAUAAAGUCACCAUCGCUGAGGUGAAGAGACGGCUCUCGCCUCCAGAGUGUCUCAACGCCUCACUUCUGGGAGGAAUAUUACGCAGAGCUAAGUCUAAGAAUGGUGGUCGUUGUCUGAGAGAGAAGUUGGAUCGACUGGGACUCAAUCUGCCAGCUGGACGGAGAAAAGCUGCCAAUGUUACACUCCUCACCUCUCUGGUGGAAGGUGAGGCCCUCCACCUGGCUAGAGACUUUGGUUAUACAUGUGAGACAGAGUUUCCUACCAAGGCAGCAGGAGAACACCUAGCCAGACAACACAAUGAACCCAAGGAGACCAGCGGACGCAAGAAGAUGGUGCUGGCCACCAAACAGAUCUGUAAAGAGUUCCAGGACCUGUUGAGUCAGGACCGUUCUCCUCUUGGCUCCUCCAGACCCACACCGAUACUGGACCUGGAUAUACAGAGACACCUCACACACUUCAGUCUGAUCACACAUGGAUUCGGGACUCCGGCAGUGUGCGCAGCCCUCAGCACCUUCCAGACCGUUCUUAGUGAGAUGCUCAACUUCCUGGAUAAACAUUCUGCCGCCGGGAACCCUGGGAAAACCUCUGGUCAGGAGACGGAAAAGACCGGAACUGUCCGGAAAACCAGCGAGCUGCUCAAUAAAGACGGCAAACCUGAAAAGACAGAGUAGCCCUUUCCCUGUGCUGUGCAGUGUACGUGCCUGUGUGUGUCAGGGUUUGAUCCCUGGGAGGAGGAGCUAAUCUCUGUGGAGACUGACAGAGACAUUUAUUCAUUCUGAACAACAGGAAGUAGAGGCAGGGACUUCUGGUCAGCUCCAUCUGGGAGUCAACGGGAGAGGAGUGGGGUACACAUGUACACACAUACGCACACAUACACACAGUACGUUCUCCAGUCUCCACCUGAACAGUGCAAUUAAUGCCGUUAUUAUGUUUACCGUUUUAGAACCAAGAGACUGGGGUCUGGGUUCACUAUGUUGGUGAGAGUGUGAGACUGGGUUCACUAUGUUGGUGAGAGUGUGUGUGUGUGUGUUCAUGUGCCUGUGCUUGUGUGUGUGCCUGUGCGUGCGUGCGUGUGUGUGAGUCCAGAUUUCUGAGACUCUGCCAUUUUGUAAAGGUGACUAUUCAGUUGCCAUAGAAACAUUUUGUUGUGCAUGUCUAUCUUUGUACACUCCCCAGAACUACAAUUACGAUACAAGCUCUUUGACCCUUCAUAAACAUUUGUAUAGAU